AUGGUUUCCGUCAUCCAGGCCCAGAAAACCGCCCUUAUCACUGGAGCCGCCUCGGGGGUUGGAUUUGCCGUGGCAAAGCUCUGUCGGAGCAAGGGCAUGCAUCUUGCCUUGCUGGAUAUCGAUCAGGAGAAUCUGGCCGAGACAAAAAGAGUCUUGACCGACCUUGAUCCAUCUCUCAAGACAGAAGCAUAUACAUUUGACGUGGCUGAUGUUGCCGCGUGGAAACAAUCCGCCGCGGAGAUCAAGGAGAUCUUUCCUGAUAUCGACCUGGUGGUUUUGAAUGCGGGAAAGGGCUACAAGCCUAAAGAAUCCUCUCCAAAUCGCCUUAAUCAAUGGCUGGAUGGAGAAUACUGGCGGAAGGUCAGUCAUCAGCUCCGUGGACAUCCUCAAUCGUAUGCUAACGUGGGCCAGACUCUUGACACAAAUGUAUACGGUCCCCUGAAUGGUUUAGAAGUUCUUCUCCCCCUGAUCCUCUCGUCGAAAUCUCAAGCACCCAAAUCUAUUGUCGUGACCGGCUCCAAACAAGGCAUUACGAACCCACCCGGUGGAUCCAACCCGGCAUACAACGCGUCCAAGGCUGCAAUCAAGAGUCUGACCGAGCAUCUUGCCUACGACCUACGUUCUGAUCCGACAACUGCCCAUAUAUCCGUUCACCUCCUGAUCCCCGGUUGGACAUGGACCGGACUUAUGGGGAAUGUCGGUCCGACUGAUGAGCAGGAAGUCAAGAAGCCAGAGGGGGCCUGGUAUCCUAGUCAAGUGGCCACAGAGCUCUUGCAAGGGCUGGAAAAUGGAUUAUUCUAUAUCGUCUGUCCUGAUGGUGAAACCGAUCGCGCUCUAGAUCAAGCGCGCAUGAAGUGGGGUAGUGAAGAUGUCGUCGAGGGUAGACCGGCACUGUCUCGUUGGGAAGAUAAUUGGAAGGUCCGUGCAGAUGAAGCGAUCCGAGCAGAUGCAGAGGUCCGAAGAAGUUAA